AUGUUGCGUCUUUUGCCUCUUCGACUCGCGAGCAAAGUCACUGCGGGAAAUGCGAAAAAUCAGGCGGGACACCCCCGUCGCAAAGCAAAACUAUUCCACGUCAUACCCGGCACCCCGGUAACGCCCAUGGAGAAGUUGAAGGAGCAACGACGUCGAUACGGCCAAGAUCGUCACUCGCGGUUGCCGGAGUAUCGUCCGGGAAAAAAUGUCCGCUUGGACCCAAACACCUUUACUCUGUAUGCCACGACAAAGGGUGUGAUGACAAUACGGGAGAGCCGUAUUAAUCCCGGGUACAAAUGGCUGGACGUGGAGCCGGACAUUCAGAAGGUGUACCGAAGCAGUCAAAUGCGAAGGGCACUGGCCGCUCGAGGUAUGACAUCACAGAUGGUGGAAAAAAAUGCGCACUACAGGUCCGAGAUGGAUUUGCUACUGGAGCCACACUGGCGUCAGCGCGUGAUGGGUGUGCCCAAGGCUGCAGAACGCUUUAAAGACCCUAACUUGUUUGUCCGGGGUGUCAUUACAGAGCUUACCCCCAUGGAUAGGUACUGCUACGAGUGA